AAUCCAACAAGAAUAGAUAUGGAUCCUUACGUAGUCAUGAUUUCUAUUAUCCCACUGCCUUUCCAGCUUAAGGUCAACAUUGUCCUUACGAUAGCAAUAGCACUGGAUAGAGUACUGGCUUUGUAUGCUCCGUUGCAAUACAGAUUAAUUGCCUUAAAGAGAUAUGCUGUUGUCACUCUUAUCAUAGCUAUGCUUUUUGGCCUUUCCGAUAUAGUGAUCGCGUUUUCGAUGUCACCUUUUGCUCGUAAUGUAAACUGUGCAGCAGCUGGUUGCUUUUUCAGUCAUCAAUUCAGAUGUUACUGGGGAAUCAGCAAUAUGGUUUUGGGCCUUUUUGUGAUCGUAUUGACAACAGCUGUACUCUUAAGACUGCAACAAAUGCGCAUGCGUUCCCGAGUGUCGAGCUCGCAGACAAAUGAUUUUUCAAAGUACGCAAAGGCAAGCAGAUCCUCCGUAGCUUUUCUUCUCAGCUCUUUGGUUUGCCUUACAAUUCCUAGCGUGGUUGUUGGUGGAGCGCAGCUAUUUGGAUUCUCUCUGUUUGACAUUGUGGGACCAUUUUAUCUAGUCGGUCUACUCUGUGCCGAUUGUAUGAAUUGCAUAGUUUACGCACUGUUCAAUUCUGACAUGAGGAACCGUCUCAAACGUUUGGCAAUGAAAGUGGGAAUUAAUGGUCUUACCCGCUAUGUCCGAAAAAAUAUGGGUAACACGGUAACGACGUACACAUCUCAAAUGCACUAGUAUUUCGACAACAGAAUUUUGAGUCAAACGACAAGAACUGCUUCUCCCUCUUUCAUUGAAUAUUGUUCAUAUUGCUUUAUUGCUCUUCUUAAAAAAUGUUGAGAAAGCAAUGGGAUUUUUUGUUUGUCUCUAGAGGCAAUAAACAAGCAAUUCCUACCGCACUUGAAUCACUAGCACUUAUGUAACCAUGUGUUAGAAAUGUUAUAUUAAUCUUUCCAUGGUUUUCAUUGAGCAAAAUGC